AUGGCGGAUUUUGACGAAUCUCUGCUUUUGCAAACUCUGCCCGAAUACUAUCGACGGCAUUUCCCGACCAAGACGCUUUACAAAUGGUUGAGCUACGGCAGAAAUCCGUCGGCUUAUUUUCAAUUACGUGAACUCGCGUUUAUUCUGGAAAACGAUGUGCAUGUGCGAUUUCGUAGUUUCAAUGAUUGCGCCGAGUUUGAGCGUGAAUUACGUCGAGCAAACCCACGUAAACUUGAUAUUGGGGCAGUUUAUAAUCACAAGCCUCGCGAUAACAAAAAAUUUGCGGAUUUUCGAGCAGUUGAACGUGAACUUGUUUUUGAUAUCGAUCUGACCGAUUACGACGAAAUCCGGACAUGCUGCACUGAAGCAAAAGUUUGCGAAAAGUGUUGGAGGUGGCUGUCUAUUGCUGUUGACGUUUUGGAUUUUCUUUUGAAAAAACAUUUUGGUUUCCGUCAUCGCUUGUGGGUUUUUUCUGGUCGUCGUGGUAUCCAUUGCUGGGUUGCGGAUGCUAUUGCUCGUAAGCUUCAAAAUGCUGGACGGUCGGCAGUUGCCGAAUAUCUUUCCGUAAUCGUUGUAAGAAUUCAUGAUAAAUAUAAAUCUUCAAAUUUUUCUUACUUGAUAAAGAUCGCCUCAAAUAGUCGCGUUUAUCGUGUAGGAGCAUCUCAGUAACA